AUGCGCACUGCCGCAACUUNNUUCCUGUCGGCUGCAGCCCUCACCGGUCUUGCAGCCGCAUCCCCUGCUCCUCAGCAGCUCGACUUCGACCAGCUGGCUGCUGCUCCUGCUGUCCAGACUGCCCCUGUCCUGAACGGUGUCUCCAACCAGACCGUCACCAUCAGCAGCUCCGCCAUUGCUCAGUCUAUCUCUGUUGCUGUCAGCACCACUGCCACUGCCGUCUCGACCGCUCCUGCCCAGGUUGUCAACAAGCGCAGCGUGGAGAAGCGUGAUGUCUACAACGCCUGGUACUGCUUCUGGUUCGGUACUUACUGCGGUGGCUCUACCACCACCACGUCCAGCACUGUCAAGUCUACCAGCACCAGCACCAGCAGCACCAAGACCACUUCGUCUUCGGCCGCCGCCACUACCACUGCUAGCUCUUUUUUUCUGAAGGACGCUAACAACAACUACCUUGGUUGCACUUCCGGACAAGAUGGCAUUGCCAGCUACUCCUCCAACAAGGCUUCUGCUGUCUCAUUCUCUCUCGACCCCAAGACCGGCUACCUCUACGAGGCUGGCCAGGCUUACGCUGCCAACCGUGGUACCAGCGCCAACCCCGAGUGGACCUACUUCAGCACUGUCUCUACUCAGUACAGCUUCAUCACCUGCACUCAGAACACUGCUCAGACUUGGUUGGAGUGCAAGGCCAACGGUGUCUUCCAGAACGCCAUGACCUGCAACAACGACGGCAAGCUCUACUUCGCUCCCACCGUCCCUUCUGCGUGCGCCUGGGUUCCUCUCUACUACGUUCCCACCACUGGAGCCUCUUCCUCGUCUUCUGCCUCCAAGGCCGCCUCCACCUCCUCCAGCUCUUCUUCCUCAGUCGUUGUCAGCUCCAGCUCUUCUUCCUCGGUCGCUGUCAGCUCCAGCUCUUCCUCGGCUGCCUCCUCCACCUCUUCCGGCACUGCCACCGUCAACACUGUCUCUGGCACCAGCUCUUCCAGCUCUGCUUGCCCUACCACCCCCGAGGACGGAACCUACUGCGGCUUUAUCAACCCCGAGGACCCUUGCGCACCCCAGCCCGACGGCUAUGGUCCCAAGAUCACCCCCGACACCACUGAUGCUUUCCUGUCCAACUCUACUCUCCACGGCCUCGCUCAAGCUGCCCCUACCGUCGUUGCCAGCAACAAUGGAGCCGGUAACGCCUACCAGCAGACCUUCCGCGACUUGAACGCCUCUUCCAGCGCCAACUCCUACCUCGGUCUCUAUACUUUGACCUCUUACAGCGUUGCCGACUGUGCUGCCCACUGCGACACUACCGCCCUCUGCACUGCCUUCAACAUCUACAUCGAGCGUGAUCCCAGCCAGAACCCCACCAAGAACGACUCCACUGCUGCCACUGUCUGGGGUUACUGGUGCCCUAACCCUUCGUCCAUCACCAACUUCAAGUGCACUCUGUGGGGAUCCAACCUUGAUGCUUCCACUGCUACCAACCAGGGCGGCUGGCGCGAGGACUUCAACGUUGUUGUCACCGGCUCCAACGGAUACGAUGCCACCAAUACCACUCUUCCUCCCACCAUCAUUGACCCCGUCGACAACUCCACCUCGACCGCCACUGCUGUUGUCUCUUCUGUCCUGUCUAGCGUCACCUCCGCAUCUUCUUCCGCAUCUUCUUCUGCUUCUGUUUCCGCCUCUGCUUCUGCUUCGGUUUCCAAGUCUUCCAGCACUUCCUCCGCUGCCGCUUCUGCCACUGCCACCUCCGGCACCAAGCAGCCUACCUGGGGCGGCCCCAAGACUUGCGGUGGCAAGGCCAUCAACGCUCCCAACUAUUGGAUGGGCUCCAAGUUCUUCCCCGGCCCCUUCAACCCCCAGGUUUGCGGCGACUACGCUGCCUACCAGCACAAGCUCAACAAGCAGACCGCCAUUGCCGCCGGCCAGAACUGGUUCACUCCUUGCAACAGCUUCAACGCCUACUACCUGCACAAGAACGGUGUUCCUCACGGUACCUACUGCGCUCUGUACGAUGCCAGCAUCAGCACCAGCUACGCUACCUACACCGGUGGCUGGUCGGGCAACAACAAGUACGACUGCAGACAGUCUUACCAGUACACUCGCCAGACUCUUGACCAGGGUAAAUGCUAA